GGAGUUGGAGGGCGGCGCCCGGGACCCUGGUGGGAGAGUGUCGGCUCCGCCCUCCCUGCGAGGAGGGGCGGGAGAAGUGGUGGGAGGUGCCGGUGGAGGAGCCCGGUUCUCAGAGCUCCUGUGCUAGGAGAGAGGGUAACGCUGAGUUGGGUGCAGGCAGAACACCCGACGUCGACCGACCGCUAGCGCGCGCACCCCACCAUGGCGCGCCCGCGGAACCCGCGACCUUUGCCGCCUGCGCUCCUGCUCCUGCUGCCGCUGCUGCUCCGAGCUGGAGACCACCUCCCCACAGAAGGCCGACUCACAAACAGCUGUAUCCAGGCCAGGAGGAAGUGCCAGGCCGAUCCCACUUGCAAUGCUACCUACCACUACCUGAAUUCCUGUGCCUCAAGUAUAAGCACCUCAUCACCUGCAGAGGAGCCUUUGGUCCCUGAGGACUGCAUGGAGGCAGCACAGCAACUCAGGAAUAGCUCUCUGAUGAGCUGUACAUGCCAUCGGCGCAUGAAGAACCAAGCUACCUGCCUGAACAUCUACUGGACCAUUCAUCCUGCCCGCAGCCUUGGUGACUAUGAGCUGGAUGUCUCUCCCUAUGAAGACACAGUGACCAGAAAACCCUGGAAAAUGAAUCUCAGCAAACUGAACAUGCUCAUACCAGACUCGGACCUUUGCCUCAAGUUCGCCAUGCUGUGUACUCUCAAUGACAAGUGUGACCGGCUGCGCAAGGCGUACGGGGAGGCGUGCUCUGGGUCCCGCUGCCAGCGCCACACUUGCCAAAGGCAGCUGCGCGCCUUCUUCGAGAAGGCCUCAGAGCCUCACUCGCAGGGCCUGCUGCUGUGCCCGUGCGCGCCUACCGAUCAGGGCUGCGGGCAGCGCCGGCGCAACACCAUCGCCCCCAGCUGCGCGCUGCCCCCGGAGGCCCCCAACUGCCUGGAGCUUCGGCACGUCUGCGUAUCCGACCCGCUGUGCAGAUCACGUCUGGCAGAUUUUCAGACCCACUGCCAUUCCAUGGACAUCCUAGGGACCUGUGCAACAGAGGAGUCCAGAUGUCUGCGAGCAUACAUGGGGCUGAUUGGGACUGCUUUGACUCCCAAUUUUGUCAGCAAUAUCAAUGCCAGUGUUGCCUUAAGCUGCACCUGCCGAGGCAGUGGCAAUCUGCAAGAGGAGUGUGAGCGGCUGGAAGAGUCCUUCUCCCACAACCCCUGCCUUAUGGAGGCCAUUUCAGCUAAGAUGCGUUUUCACAGCCAACUCUUCUCCCAGGACUGGGCAGCCUCUACCUUUUCAGUGAUGGAACGCCAGAACAAAAACCCUGCUCUGAGGCCACAGCCUUGGGUGCCCACUCUUUUCUCCUGUACUCUUACCUUGAUUCUGCUCUUGAGCCUCUGGUAGCUGGACUUCCUCAGGGGCCCUCUUCCCUUCUACCACACCAGUUGACCUGCUGCCUGCAAUGGGUGAGGAAGGAACAGCAUCAGGAAGGAGGUUCAGUCUACCACGUGGCAACCCUGACCUAUGUCCAGUCAACUCCAGAUGAGGUCAUGGUAGAAGCUGACUAGCCGAGUUCUCAUGCCCUUCACUUCUUUUUUUAUUUUCUUGUUGUUGUUUGGCUGUACCACACGGCUUGUGGGAUUUUAGUUCCCCAACCAGGGAUUGAAGCUAGACCCUCCCAGUGAGCACUCAGAGUCCUAACCACUGGACUGCCAGGGUCAUUCCCUUCACUUCUUCUCAGGCUGCCCCUUCUUAGGACUUCAGCGUAUCAUCUGGUGGUAUCCAGCUCUCCCGGGUUCUCUCCUUAUUUCUUUCUCCUGCCCAUCCAGGAUCACUCAGGCUCUAACAAACCAGUCACACUCUCUGCAUUCUCCAGGUAGGCAGAGUUGGGUGUUCUGAAGUGACCUGGAAAGACAUUCCUCAUGGUAAGGAAAGCUGGAGGAAGACUCCUAUCUAUCCCUUGAUUUCUCCUCUGAGUGGGGGAUGGGAACCUACUGCCAGCCCUGCCCCAAUAUCCUACACAACACUUGAGCAUCGGGAGCUGGAGCAUUUGGGCCUUGCUUUCUUCCUGCUACUGUCCUAGAGUCCCCUUAGCCUCUUGGAUUAUGAUUAAACAUUUUGACUUAAAACUUU